AUGGUUUCAAAAACGUUUGAACGAUCUCUCAAUCAUGAUUUUUACAGUGGCGAAACUGAAGAUGCUCCCAUGGAUUACUACUCCGACUACGAUGAUGAUGCUGAUGAUUAUUUCGAUGAAGGAGAUGCUUCUGACCAUGCCGACUCUCGUAGACCCGAGGUUUAUACCUUUUCACGGUUUCUUAUUCUUUUUCUAUGCGUUGGUGAGAAGGGUACAAUACGUAUGGCCAAAAAUGCAAAUGUGAUGCGCGGGAAGAAAUCAUAUAGAAACGUGUAA